CUGGCCCACUGGUUAUGAGACUGUAUACAAAGGUUUCACAGCCUCUGAAAUUGAAUUUAGUAAUCUAGUUCCUUUUCUUCGUUUCUCCACCACAAAGAUUCGAUCGAGGGAAAAUUAACUAUCAUGAUCAAAAUUGGUCCAGCAGGGGCUACAGGCAGUGGGAAGGCUUGGGAUGAAAGGGGCCGGGAAGGAAUCGUGCAGAUUUUUUUUUUCACAUGGAGACAGGAUCCAUUCUCUCCAGUUCCAAUUUGUUAAGAAUGGAACCUUGGUCCUGUCAGACAAAUAUGGCUGCACUAGUGCCCCAAAGUUCAAUUCAGUUGAGCUUAAUUAUCCAUCAGAGCUUAUUACUGGCAUAAGUGGUUACUGUGGCAACCGCGAUGCGGUGCGAUGCCAAUUUGUGACCUCAAUCAGCUUCAUUACCAACAAGGCCACUUACGGACCAUUUGGGUACCCCGCACAAGGCGAUAAUGCAUUUGACUUUCAAAUUGGAAGACACAACAAAUUUUGCGGAUUUCAUGGCACUUCAAACGUGUAUCUGUACUCUAUUGGGCUCUACAUGAAGCCGAUGACAACUCUAUGCAAUGUAAACAUUCUUCAGGAAAAGGGGAACGUAAAAAAUGAAAAGGUUUAGCUUUGCUCCCGGACUACUAAAUAACUACCCGCUGUUGCAGCAGCUAGCAGAUUGUUGCCAUGUUGUCUUUCUAGUUUUCGCAGUACAUUUUUUUUAGUCCAAGGACAGUGUUUCCACCCUAUAUAUGUUCUCUAUGGUUCACAAUUUCUGACAGACUGCUAUGAAAACUUUGAGUAAAGGAUUGAGGCAAAAUGUUGUUUUGUAUUUUGGUGGUGUCAGGUGAGAGUGAUUACAAGUUCGAAAAGCACUAGUCAAGGCAGUUGA